AUGGACGAUAUACUGGGGUUGUUGCACUUCAGGGACUUCUCUGCACUCAAAAAACAGCAAGGCCAAGAGCAGGUAGCCCCACCUGAGGAGCUAGUAAGCUGCUGUCUACCAGUGCUGUUGCAGCUGCACGACUCCUACGGCACACCUCCCAGCAGCCUCGAUGCGCUCAUUGCUAGGUUUCCCAUUGAAGAGGUUGAGGCGUGCAGGUAUCUAGGUCGUAUCGUAGCUGCAACUGCGGACUGUAGGGCUUCGCUGUCUGCAUCGACAGCAGCAGCAGUAGCAACGAUAGCAGCAAAGGCUGCACCUUCAACUUGUGAUGCUGAACCUAUUAAGCAUUUAGCUAAUAAGAAGCUCCCGUAUAUUUCUAAUGUGGGACAACAGGGGGACAGUGAUCUUGCGGGAAGUCCUUUGGUGUCUGCCAGAGGAGUUCCCGAUAAGAUGGAGCCUCUCUUGAGCUCUCUUUGGGUUUGUGAAGGCUCUUUAGAGCCUUCCAAUUCAGCUUUAACUGAGCAGUCUUUGGAAACUGCACUAAGGAGGUUCUUCAUGGAUGUUUCGGCAUUCGCUGCUGCUAUUGCUGAUCCUGCAGUGGAGCAGGCUAUCCUAGCAACUGGUAUGAAUGUCUGGGGCCCUCUUUUGCCAGUUCUUCUGCCUUUGCUGUAUUUAUCGUCGCCAUUGGAGAGCUGCAGCUCAUUGUGCGCGACAGCGACUGCCGGAGGGGUAACGAAUGGCUUCCAGCAACAAGGGCUGCAUCAAGAAGGGAAGGGGACUAACAUGAGCCAGUCUUCUGUCAAGGUCUCCGGUGUCCACACAGACAAAAGCACUCUGAGGUCAUCAGCCGAAGAACCACCGUGUGCAGCGGCAGAACAGCGGGCAAGCGCACAGAUAGCUGCAAACACUGCCGCUAGAAUAACGCGCAGAUCAGCUUUACUUCUCUGCAAUGCAGCUGUCUCUUGGCUUUGGAGCCAAAGCUCCGGAAGCGCGCAUGGAGAAUCAUCUGAAAGCCCUACAGGGGAGGUCUUCAGCCGACUGUUUCACAAUCCUCCCCAUAUUGGUCCUGGAUUUUGGGCCGCUAAGCCCUUCCUGUCCAUCAUCCUGAACAGCCCCACACAUGAGGAUGCGCUUUUGGUUGGGAGUUCUUGCAUUCAAAUUUUGCUGGAGCGUCUGCGGUCAUCUUCAUUCCCACUGUGCUCUUAUGCGGCAUUAGUUCUGCAAUAUAUCAGCAGCUGCUCGCCGUGUUUUUCGCAACUUAUCUUCGUUUCCCUGUGCUCACCUGAGAUGCUUCUAGACUCUGCGUCCUUAGCCAUGUUGCAACUUUCCACUUUGCCUUCGGCUGAAGAACUAAUGCAUGCAGCUGCAAGCAGAACAUUCUCUCUUGGCUCUCUACGGGGCCCCCUGGCAACCACUGGAAAACCGGAAAGCCCUCAUAGGAAGAUUCUUCCGGGAGAUUUUGGGAGCCUUCUCAAGCAUAAGAAGGGGAGCGCGUAUUUGAAAGCUGAGCUGCUGCUGAACUAUUACAUUUUCUGUUUUGACUACGAGCAACAUCAGACACGGAGGCUCUUGGUUGCAGCAAGCACCAGAGGCGAAGGCCCGCCGCAGCAGGUGCCUGAUGAUGCAGCUGUCGGAGAAUCCUUAAAACUGUUCUUAGAGGAGGCGAUUGAAGAGACUUUGCAGCCUUUGUCCAACUCCAUGGGUGCCGCACCACUCCCGCCGUAUACGGCCGAGCCGUCUUACCGUGUUGAUCUCUGCUCGGCUCGCUGGGGCGUUUUUGCUGUCGCUGAGAUGGUUGGUUUGGUGAACUUGGACAGAGUUCAUGCGCUGGCGGCUAAUGGGCUUAAGGCUACUUUAGCACGCGCAAUUUUGCUUGGAAUGAAGCAGAGCUAUCUUCAGGCUGGAACGGAUUCACAGAAAGACGCCGAGAUGGGGAGUCUUACACAGGUGUGCAGCCUGAUGCUCGGGAACAGCAUGCGACACCAAGACACUUGGGGGGAAAUGUUGCAACGUCUUGGGACUCUUCUGUACAGCCAGGUCAUCGGGACACUGUCACAGACAUCUUUUGAAAGUAUCCAUGUUGGGCAUUUCUCAACAUCAGAAGACGCUCACGCGGUUUUGAGGAGCCUUCUACCUCGGGCUUUGUCAGCGUCCCCAUUCCUGUCCCUGAAGGGGCCGAACCAGUCACUUUUCGCAUUUAUUUUUAGGUGUUUUCUGGAGGCCUGUCAGGCUUGGAAGCUCCAUGUGUUGCCCCCGCCCCAAAGAGAGCCGCAGCAGCAUAAACAAGAGACUGAUGCUGUGUCUGAGAUCCUUGCUGCCCACAUAUCCUCUGCGAAAGCUUCCCUUUUGAGUGCCCUUAGGCCAUUAGUGCAGGUGCCCCUGGAUGACAUUCAAGACUCUGGCGCCGCAAGCUCUCCUGCGAAAAGGGCACGCCCGAGGGACGACGAUGGGGAGCAAGGGGACAUUUUGCAUGACAGGCCGGAUGAGCUACUGUCUCUGCAAUGCUUGUUAUUUGUUUGCCAGUGCGGACGCGAAGCCUUUUCUGCUUUACUGUGCUCCCCUUCCAGAGAGGUUUUAAGAAAACAGGGGCAGGGAGAUGGAGGGGGCUUUUUCGGCCUUCCCUAUGCAGGGCUGCAGCGUUGGAUGCAUCUCGUGGCUGCCUUCGUGGCGUUUCUUGAGAAUCACACGUCUCCUAAUGCGUUAGUAUUGAUCCCAUCACUCUCUUCACCUCUUGACUACCCGGCAGUGCUCACCGCGCUUGAACACCACGUGUUCCCUCUCUUGGGGGCUGCUGGUGCUUCUCCAGUUACUGAGGUGGAGGUCGCGGUGAAAGAAAAAGACGGCUUGAGCUGCAGCUGCAUUGCUGUGAUGCUGUUAUACCUGAUUGCAAGAAUGCACGUUCUGCCGUACUUUCGGGUCAGUUCUUCGGCCUUCCCAUCAUUUCUUUCUCCAGUAGCGGACACUUCUGCUUUUCUUUCUUCAUAUGCUGGUUCUGCGCUUGCACAAACUAAGGCGCCGUACACAGGUCCCACACUUAGUCAUUGGAUGCUGCGCCUCUUUAUUGAGGCUCUUCAAGAUUGCCUCCCGGAGGCGGCUCUUUUUGAAGGACCCCCACCUCUUCUAUCUCCAUCGGAGCUCAUUUCUUGCGGAACGCUGCAUCCUUCAUCUCUCGCCGAGGCAGAUUUGGUUGAUCCCGUGUGCAGGUUAACCGCUAGUCUCGCACUGGAGUUCCCUGCUUGCACAUGCAUAGGAAGGAACACUCUUCCCGCUUCCCGGGUCUCUUGGAGUUCAUCCAGUUGGUUACCUUCUGCAGCCCAGGUUCAACACCAAGUGUCCCUUUGGAUUCACAGGGCAGUGACAACGGAGUCGUCCAUGCCUGCAGCGCUCGAGACUGAUAGUGAGAUGCUUCAGCUGUACCUACAAAGCGAACCGCUUGCGGGAGUUGCUGGGGCAGUUUGCUCUCUAAUCAACAAGUUCUUCGAGCGAGACAACAACCCGACCACUGCAUCAUCCCCUACCUUGGAGUGGAGCCCCACUAAUGAUGAUUUGCCAACAGAGUUGCCGUCGGAGAAUAUAGAGAAGAUGGGAGCUGUAGCGGUUCACUCGUGGGCUUUCCAGGGGUGUGUCUCCCCCCCCAGAUUCAAACCAGCAAUGCUCGACGCUAUAUAUUUGUGUAUUGUCCAAAACCCUCUGAACCUCUUGCUGCAGCUGCCAGCCAACCUAAUUAUACGGCUGUUGACGAGCAAUGUGCUGGCACGAAUCCUUUUGAUGCUUCUGAUGAAGCUUGAAGCAUACGCACACAUGGGGCCUCCAACUCUCCCUGGAAGGCCUCCUGAGCCAAUUUCGGCCGAAGAGAUAAUACAGCUUCAGGAGACAGCAGUAUUGCAGGUUGUAAUAGAGGCAUGUUGCUUUGCACAAGAUGAGGGAACAUGGGAGUUGUUAGGGAGGCUUUUGGAUCGGCAAGCAAAUAGAAGGCCGCAGAGCCUCGAAGCUCUAUUUACUUCUGGCUUUCCUCUCGAAGCUGUCGACAAUGUUUGUAAAAACACGAAGGAGGUGCAGAGGCUACUACCCCUGCUCUGUCAAUUACUCCGACAAAACGCCUCUUGUUUCUGGGACAUUAAGACGGGCAGAGACGUGGUUGAUGCAACAAGCAGAAAGGAUUGCGCAAUUACGCUAUCGGCCCCCUCAGUGCAAGGCGAAAUAGUUUCCGACCCAGUGCAUGGAGUGCGUAUCAGGACGAAUCAGACAACGGCGAUUCACCCAGCUUUAGCCCCGUUAAGCCGUGUGGAUCUAUGCCUCUUCUACCUGAAAUGUAUUGUUUGCGUCGCUUGUGACUUGCGAGACAACCGGCCGUUCCCCGGGGACAAACGCGACACCGAUCCUUCAUUUGCAUCCGAAAACGCAAAUGCGGUUUUUCUGGAGGCAGUCAAACAUUCUGAAUUGCACGAAUCGCCCACGUUGAGCGAGUUCGUCGCCGCUGCAGUGCCCGUCAUUUUUCCGUUAUUCUAUACUUUCCCAAAGCUGGCGGCCCUCGUUAGCACCUUCCUAGCCCAUAGGAAGCUCCUGCGUCAUGAUGGCAAUUUGAAAGCUUCCCCUCUACUUGGUUCUCACGGGCCACACGAAUUUGGACCUUGUGUUCCGAAGAAGCGCGCAGAUGAAGUCUUAGAGCAGCUUGAGCACGACCUCAGUCGUGUUAUUGAAUUGGAUUUGUGA